AGGCAGGCAGGGCGGCCAAUCUGAGCAGUGCGCCGCGUCUCAAACUAGCGCAAACGCUUUUUUAUUCAAGCGCGUUUACGAAGCGAUCAGUGCUGCGCGCGCCGGCAUAAAGCGGAGGCUGCAAAGCACCUGUGCUGAAACCGCAGCGAUGGCAGAGGACGAAACGAUGGCAGACGCCCCGCCCACGGACGCAUACGGCCGUCUUAUCGGCGAGGCGCACACGUCCGGCAGAUUGCGAGGCGCGGACAUGCUCGACGCGUCCGAAGCUGCAUCGUCUUUAUUCGCGCUGCAGCAGGUCCUGCAGCGGGACGACGCCCCGGCGACGACGAAGGCGUUGCGCGCCCUGACGAACGGCAUACGAGCGAGAGACGCCAACGCCAAACAGACGUGUGCAGAAUGGGCCCGGUCGAGUCCGCGCCUCGCGGAGCUCUUCCACGCCUGCGCGGCGCCGGGCGGCCGCGACGCCGACGCGAAGACUGCGGCCUGCUUUCGUACACUAGCGACGAUGCUGCCCCUCCUACCAAAGCCGGACGCCAUUCACUGCUGGGCGUUGGCUGCCAAAACGUGGGGCCUCGUGCGAGCGCUGCGUUCUUCCAGACAUAAGGAUUCGAGACGAGCCGCCCUGGAAGCAUUGGAGAAGGGCGCCCUCUGCGGUACUGGGUCGCAGCAAGUCUUGCGGUGGCUCGGGGAAGACGAAAAGACGUGGCUCGCAUUAUGCAGUGCCAGAGGCAAGGAAGGGACGCGAAGUAAGUGCGCGCGCGUCAUGAGUGCCGUCGCGAGAAGUGGUACGAAGGACGAGAGACGGGACGCCUGCAAACUGUUGUUACCGGCUCUACUGAAGGGUCUGGAGGAGGACGCGCCUCGGGAUGUGCAUUUACUACUAACUGCCUUACGACCGGAGCGCGACGAUGUUCAUGUGGUAACGGCGCUGUCGUCGGUCGACGGCGCCAAGGCUUUGCGAGUCGUCGCGGCGUACUUACGAUCAUCUAGAAAGGACGAUCCAGGCGCCGCGAAGGCCGCGAAGGUGGCGAGGACGUGGUUAUGUGUAUUGACGGCGCGGCAUGACGAUGUGAGACGGGCAUUGACCGGGUGUACGCGACCGGGCCACCGGCGCGUGAUACGGGCGCUGGAUCCCAGUUGUGCCUCGCAACGGGCGGCUUUGGAACUAGCGCUGAAGGCGGCGCCUCCAUUGUUGAUAGAUGUGUUGCGGGAGGGCGCCCCGGGCUAUCUAGGACGGCCGCGGCCCUGGGACGCCGGCUCCACAGAAAGGAGCCGCCAGGGCGCUUCAUUUUUAGCUAGUUUAUUGCGAGCCACUUCCAGCUCAGCAGGCCCCUACGACCGCUCCAAAAGAGAGAGAGAUACGGCGCAAGAUGUCGUGAUGCGGUGCCUGCCGCCUGAGUCAGCCUUAACGAGGAAGGAAUUAGGACGAGGUCUGCGAGGCAACGCGUCGUCCUACGCGCUGGAUUUGGUCGACGCGUCCCUGCAACGCUUCCACGUCGAGCGCGAGGCCGCCGUGUCGUUGUAUGGGGGCUGCGACCACUGCCCCGGCGAACGGCCGCCCGUGAAGGAGAUCCUCGAGUGCUGCACGCGCUUGAUUGACGACCCCGAGACGGCGGAGAACUACAGUAUGCCGCCGCAUCGCCGACGGCAGCUCGCGGGGCGUUUUCUCGAUUAUGAGUGCCGACGGCAGAUGGCCGACCGGCUGCCGGACGUCCAAGCGCUAGUGCAAUUACUACCGAAGCAAAGCGACGAGACCACUGUUAACGUAUUGGACGCUCUGACAGCGUAUGCGAGGGAGCUCCCCGAAGCCCUCGCGAAGGGCCGCUUCGACGCCUGCAAGUUUCUGGUCAACGCUCUCAAGUGGCCGGGCGACGCCGCGGCGAAGGCCGUCGCCUUCUGUUCUGAAGCGUGCCCCGACCGCCUGACGCGGCCGUCGGACUCCAGCGCGGUGAAGGGGCGCGACGCGCUGUUCGACGCGUUGCAUAGUAGUACGGGUGCAUUGGCCGAGGCGCUGCGGGACGUAUGUCGUACGAUCCUGGCCGGGCGGGGUUUGGAUGAAGAUCAAAUAUAUGAGUGGCUCGACGCGUUAUCAAAUACAAGGGCGGGCGCUCCCUUGGGACGGUGCCUCGAUGCCCUGGCGCGGGCGCCGGAAUUACUAGAGGAACUGACGCCGUCGGAGGCUUUGCGAAGAGCGCCCAAAAAGAAGGACGACGAGGACCCCUUCGUUGUUGUUGCUCAAUACAUCGACCGGCGCGAGGGCCGCGCGCCGCCGCCCAUCCCAGCGGACGGCGGCGCGCUCUUCCGAACUGCAAUGGCCGAGGACGACGCCGCGUUGAAUGAAGUGCUUACGAGGGUCGGCGUCGACCUUCUCAUGCGCGGCGUCUCGACUGACGUCCCCGCGUCCCUGACGCAAUUCCGGGACGCGCUGCGCGCGGGCCGGCCGCCGUCCUUGCCCUUCGCGCCGUCGUCGGAUUUGUCAAAAGUGGCGUCGCUAUUGACGGCGUUCGACGGCGCCGCGGUCGACUCGUUAGUACGCGACGCGCCUCUUGAGAGAGCAGGCGCCCUCUGCGAGGCGCUCUCCACAACAAGGGCCUUCCACAACAAGUCCUUCGGCGCCGCUUUACUAAAACUGGCGACGCGCGCGCUACCGCAAGCGAGUCCCGACCUCAUUGAACGCUUAGAUAAGGCGCUCUUCGCCCAUCCGGCGACCGUCGACGCCCUCCGGACCUUCUUUUCAUGUGGAGGCGACGGCCCGCACGCUCGGAGAGCUGCGGAGGCGCUGUCGGAAGCGGACGCGGCCACCCUCGGCGACGUGCCGCGUGAGCUGCGCGUCGCUUUAGUAAAGCGGUGCCCGCAGAUGGCGGACGGCGUCAUUGUGGAUGAGGACGCGCUCCGUAACGUACUACGGGCCUGGACUGAAGGGGCUUCGAAUGAUGCAUGCAUCGCGGCGAACGCGACGCGCUGUGCACUACUAGCCACGGAUUCUGUUAUAGAGACGGCCGUCUCCCGAGCAUCCACGAAAGGCGCUGAUAUGUUACUGGCAGCCUGUGUAAGGGCGGGCCGCUCGAUACAGUUUGAGGCGAGCGGGCCUCGAUUAGCACAGAGUCUGUGUGCGACGGAAUGUGAUAAUGAAUUUGCGCGCUCGUCACUACCAAUCAGCUGUGCGUCGCAUUUGGACGAUGCUGCUUUGCUGGAUGCGGCCCUCGCUCGAUUAGACGAUGCGCCUCCACUCAGCUGGUCUUCUAGUACCAUACAAACAGUAGUCACGCACCUCGAGGCGGACACGGUGCAUAGCAAAGAGGGAUUACGGUGGGUGGCGCGCGUUUCAACUCUAGCGACGGGCUCGUUGCAAAGGUCUUGUCGAGACUUUCUGGACGGCGCGGCCACUGACCACGUCGAGCGCUGUCUGCUGAGCGAUACGCCGAUUGACGAAGCCUUGCUGCUGGGCGACGUCCACGUUUCUGAGGAUGUUAUCACAAAAGCUCUCUCUAGAUCACCUUCCGUGAACACGCUGCGAGCAUUGAAGUUCACAAGAGCUUCGGAAGACUACCUCGCAAAGGCUCUGGAGGACGAGGACCUGCGAUUGCACGCUUUACUACUCUUAGAUGACCACGAGGACGCCCUGACAUUAGCUCUGAAACAUUACGGCGGCACUUUAUCUGAUACCGACAGGGCUGCUCUAGACGUCCUCAACAAGCGAGGCUGCACCGUCGACGGCCCCGAAUUGCAAACGUGGGCCUCGUCCCGAAACGCGUCGGGGCCCCUGUGGCCCUUACAUGUGUUUGACAGUAACUCAAUAGCGCGGACGGCAUCAAAGUUUCCUUUAUCCCGAUCCGCGGUGGCUGAUGAAAAUGAAGCGUGUACGGAAGAUGGUAUAGACCCGCGCUUUUUAUUGCCAGCGCUAUUUUCGUGUUUAAGUGAGUGCACCUCUACGAAAGCAACAGCCGCGAAGCGGGCCCACGAGAGCGGCAUAGCUUCUUACUGCCUGGCGGCACUAGCCUCAAAGAGCCCGGCGACGCGAAACUACGCCUUCGGGUGUCUAGACUUGAUAGGCACCUACGCGAAGAGUUCUGAAGCGCAAGAAGAUCCACAAUUCAGAGGCAGGAAGGCCUUUUGUUUGUUGAUCGAUGGUGUGCGGGGCGGCGCCGCUGCCAAAAGGGGAGGUUUUGAGGACGGUGUCGUCCCACAAUUCCCCUGCUUAGCGGCACGAGUAGCGAGCGCCGUCUGCGAAGCGCUGCAGGACCCGAACCACCCGGGAUACGCCGCGUCGCACCAAUACGUCCUACGACGUAGUAAGUUGCGACCGUGGCAGGAUGCUCCAUUGUUAAAGGAAGCGCUGCGCAUGCCUGAUACCUGUAAAGUCCCGUCCUUCGUCGCAUUUACGCCCUCCGAAAAACUCCAGAAGAAGACGCGACGGUGGGCCAUGGCUCUACUCAUCGAGGGCUGUCGAGACGACGAGUCCGGUAGAUUGCUAAGGGAUGCCCACGCCCUACCUCUACUCAUGGCGCACUACGACGCGUUACGGACGGGCGGCUACGACCCCGUGGAAGGCAAGUUAACAUUCUUAGGCGAAGUGCCGCCGGGCGCCAAGAGACUGUUAGAUGAGCCUGCUUAUAAACUAAGAAGAGCCGUGAAAGACGUGCGUCAAGCCUCGAACGACGCUUUGAAGCUACUCGACGCGUUGUUAACCACAAAGCCGGCGCGUCGAUCACUCUUCCACCAGAACGGCCUGACGAGCUGGGCGAGAAUCCAUUUAUCUCAUCAGAAAUUCGACGACGAGGGCAAGAAUUACGAGUGGUGUGCUCGCUUAAUCAAGUGGAUGGCUAUCCUGUACGAUUCGCAAGUAAAACAUGAGCGAGUGCUGGAGGACGCGCCUCUGUUCUUCGUCGAUCUCGAUAGAGGUGUCCGAGGUAUGAUGGACUGCUUAUGCGACGCGGAUUUAGCGAGAGUUGGCUACGAGCGCCCGAAGUUUAGAGCUGAGAGAAAAGCGCCGUUGGACACGCUGGGCAUUUUGGACGGUAGUGUAGAAGACCCCAAUAAACGCAUGUCGGCCUCUGAGCGACUUCGGAUGGAGGCGCGGGACGUCUGGAGCGAGGACGAGCUCGAGUACCCCGAGGUACGUCUUUUAUCUGUGUGAUAACGCCGUCGACGCGCCGCCCGCGCAGGUGCCCGCGAAACGCGACUUGGACGGGGUGGAGGCUUCGAUAAAACGGGGCCGCGCGGAAGCGAAACGGCGGAAGGAAUUACAAGCGCAGGACCGAAGCGACACGGAGUCGACGGCGUCCGACGCCUCUGAGAAUAAUGACGCCAAAGUUGAGUGUUUCGCGCGCGCCGAUGAGUUAUUGCUGGUAGACUACUUCUGCCAGCACGCGCGACCUCCGUCAACGGAUGGAACGGCCGCCGGGUUGUUACUGAACAAGAUCGAACCGAAGGACGCGUACUUUUAUGUGUUCGGUAUGGACGGUUCCGAGAAAGUAUCAGGAUUCGACGACGCCGUCUUGGCUCUAUACCUGACGCAGCGCAUGCGGGUCCAUCCCGUGCCGGACAUUGGUGACGUGUUGCUGAAGGACACGGACUGGAGCCAGUCGCCCGUUUUGAAAGGGAUAUAUGACAGUAUGAGGCAUGAUGCUACGACCGAAGCGGCCAAGGCGGCGGAUCUAGCGUUGGAUAAUCAAGAUCUAAGAGCUGUCGUCGUCUUCAUCGUGGAGACGCUUGUGCUGAACGAGGCCGUGGCCCGGUCUUGUUUAGGGCGGCGGGCGCUCGUCGCGGCGUGCCGGUUCCUCUCCUCAUAUGCACAAACGGUCGACGGACGCGUCUGGCGCUUCACGGAGCAAGCUCAACGCGUCGCAAAACUGCGCGCGGCGACGGGGCCGGGCUGCGGGCGGUUUGGGGUAUCACGUUCCGGGGACGCGUCGAAAUACGGGAGUCUCGUGGAGGCGCGCCUCGCGGGUGAUCAGAAUGGUUCUAGAAGGGGCGCGGCCUUCGUUUGUGAUGAAUUGCUGGCGGCAGCGCUUUCCGACUUCACUUGUGCUGAGUGGCCGGACGACGGCGCGGUGCUCGACGCGCGCGCGCCGGAGUCGGCCGACGUCGUUGCGGAGGCGCGGGGAGCGCUGCUGCGGGCGGCUUCCUCGGCGUUUCCGUAGGCUGUUUUGUGUUAUGUAGUUGUUGUAUGAGUAGGAGUUUGCUGUCUUGCACAUCCAAAAGUUGCUGGUACUCCUAGGCCCGAUGAGCUGAGACUCUUUGCGAGAGCCCUGUGGCGGGGCGCUCGCGGGCACGUGGGGCCGCCCGCGUGCGUUGUGGAAAACUCAUGCAAAAUGGAUUUAGUCUCCUCGCGCGACGAGCGUGUCAGGCCAGGACGUAGCGAUUACCUUCGCCGUCCGUCCGGACGUUUGUAAUGCGAAGCGGGCUAACGGCACUUGUAUCUGGGGGGGAGUCAAAACGACACACCAUGUCGCCGACGCAGUCGUCGGGGACGAGGUACUCUAAUUCGCGCGCGCGUGCCUGAGGCAGUUCGACUCUUCCUAAGUUGGAAAUACACAUGCGCGGGGGCCAGGUCUCCUCCUCCUCAUCCUCCUCCUCCUCGGCGAUCCGCGGCCGGGACAGGUAGACCGUGGGGUCUGCGCCGUGGGUAGGCUGCUUGUCAAAUGCAACCAAACUGUGCUCCCCGUCGACAGCCACGCCAGCAACGUUAGAAUGAUUGAUGAUGCACCCGUUAACUAUGAGUACCGCGCCAUUCGCAGCUGAGAUAGCAAUAUCGUGAUCUCCUUGGAACACGCAUUUUUUGGCAACGGGAUAUCGUCGGGGCACUUGAUCACGCGACUCCGCAACGGCCGGAGGAUGGAAAUCAGAGAGCGCUGGCCGUUGCCUACGACUGUAGCCGGAACAUCAAGGCCGUAGACAUGUCCCGGGAGGACCGUUAACUCCCGUAAAGACACAUAACUCAGGAUGGCCCUGAGGAGGUCCUCGGGGAGUGCAUUUGUUUCAGUCGCACUCAGUUGAGUGAGCUCGCGACGCGCGGGAGGGAUGCUCGCCGACAUUGGAUGAUUAUAGCCGCGAAGGCUCGCGGCGCCUCCUGACUUGCACCACGCAAAAAACAUAACCAGCUAGCGUCCUGUAACAUACUAGCAAGAAUUAAUUUUAAAGCACACACAAGCACCGCACAGCGGAAGCAAUCGCGGGCAGCCCCACGGCACGCCAUCGCAGCGCCCAGGCACAACAUUACCUGAUGACUACGGAGUGUACUUGAUUUAAACGUUACGAUUGUAGUACCAAUGGCAGCACAAGUCCCUGCAACGACCGACCCCUUUGCCGCCGCCGCACAGGCCCGCGCCGCCGCCGCGGAACGCCGAGACGCCAAAGCGGCGAAAAUCCGGGCCUCGCGCGCGGCGGCGACGCAGCGCCUCAAGGCCAAUCCGAAACGCGCGGCGGCGGCGCAGCGCGCGGUCCCGCGGCCGCGCGUCCGCCCGCCGCCGGCGCCCGCCGCGCCGCCGGCGCAGGCGCCUCCGAAGCGUAAGGUUGUCGCCGCGAAGCCGGCGCCUGCGAAGCCCGCGAAGCCGGAGCCGCGGAAGCCGGCGCCGCCGAAGGCGCGCGUCGCGCCGCCGCGCAAGCCGCGGCCCGCCGCGAAGAAGGCCGCCAAGCCGAAGCCGCGCGUCGAGCCGCCGCCGCCGCCGCCGCCGCCCGUCGAGGCCGCGGACCUCGCGAUCGAGGGCGUCGCCGUCGAGGCCGCCGCCGCCGAGGCCGCGCCGGCCGCGCCGCCGCCGCCGCCCGCCGCGGAGCCCGAGGAGCCCGCGGGCGUCGAGCCGCCGUUCGCGUCGGAGCCGUCGCCGCCGCCGCGCGCCGAGGCCGCCGCCGAGCCCCUGCCGAACUUCCCGGCCAUGCGCCGGCUCGACGGCCUCGAGUGCUACAAGGCGCUCGCGCGCCGCGCGCUCGUCGAGGCGGCGUGAGUCGUGCUCUUGAGGCUAAGCGCGCGUUUUUUGAAGGUUAUGGUCGGGGCGCGUGGGUCUCUAGCUUAACCGUGGCUGAUCUUCGAUUCUCGACCCUCGGCGGUCUUCUUCGCCGGGACGAGAUAUUACAAGGAGCCUGGGGACUAAGGGAGUGUGCGGCUUCGCGUCCGCGGCGGCCGCGCGCGUCGCGCUGCUGCUUACUGAGGCCCGGCCUACCGGUCCUGGUCGUCGUGGUGAACGGUCUUGAACGUUCGGAAACGUUUUUGAGCAAAGUUCAAAGACCGUCGUGCGUACCAUAGUUGCUCACGUUGCAAGCCAUUUGGCAUCUCGACCCGCCGCGCGCGCGCCCGCGUCCGAGAGCUCUUUCAAACCGUCCGCACGAAGCGCUUCAUACACUUCACAACGCGCGCGACUCUCAGCUCUCGAUUCCUCGAGCGACAACAAAGACUGCACUGUGAACACAAAAGUUUACACACCGCAGUAUUCAAGAGAGCGCGGGGCGCGGCGCCGCCGCGCGCGCACCGACACAACCCUCGCACCGACCAGAGCGAGUCCACGCGUAAAAAACGGACGUCGCCCGCGAGCGCCGCGCGACGCGAGUCACGCGACCUGCGUCGUCGGUCUUCACGAUCUUCAUGCGCAUCAAGGGCCAGUCGUCGGUCCUCUGCGGCGACCAGUAGGCGUUCUUCGGAAGGCCGCGCCGCUCCUGUACAUACACAUAUCCCCCUCUCCCCCCAUCAUGAUCGGUGAAUCGUGCACAUAUCGCGAAUCCGGACCUUAGCCGCGGCGUCGACGCCGCGCUAUCGUAUAAUGAGAACUCAUAUGUAUCUCGGCUUCAAAGCAGCGGCUAGCGGAGGAAGACACUAGGAAACCUUGCCGGGGCGCGGCUUCCAGGGCUCCCGUUAGGAAAUCCGUGGGCUAGCGGCCUGUAAGACACUAGCAAGCUUGGCCUUGACAGGUGCGGCGCCACACAGCUGCGUAGAGAUGGACAACGCACCGCAGGACUCGUCAACGACAGCCACGCGCAUCGCUGUCGAGGAAUUCGAAGCAGCCGUGCUGCGAGCCGCCGAGCGAGCGGAAGCACAAGCUGCCGAGGCGCGCGCCCUCGAGGAAGCCGUCGACGCGCUGCGGAAGAAAUAAUCCUCGGAGGAAGCGCUGGAAGCGCUGCGGAAGAAAUGAGUUAUUUGGGCCUGGACCUCGGCGCGACGAACGUCAAGGGCGCCCUCGUCGACGACGAAGGCCGCGUGCUCGCGCACGCCUUGGAACCGCUCGGCGACGGAGCGGCGACGCUCGCGCCGGCUGCUGUUGCAGAAGUGCUCGCGCGCGUGGCUCAAAGCUGCGUGCGCGACUGGGCCGCCGUGCGGGCCGUGGGCGUCGGCGCGCCCGGGGCGAUUGAGGGAGACGCUAUUACGGGUUGCGCGAACCUCUUCCGCGGCGCCCGGUUCCCCGUGCCGCUCGCGGCGCUCGUGGCGGCGCGCCUCCACGGCAAGCGCAUCGUCCUCGUCAACGACGCCGAUGCUGCUGCUUUAGCAGAGCGCUGGGUUGGGGCCGCCCGUGGGUUUGAGAGGGCCGCCGUCCUCACCCUGGGCACGGGCGUCGGCUGCGGGCUCUUUUUAGGCGGAGACGCCCCGUUAAGGGACGUCGAGGCCGGCCACGCGAGCGUCGGCGGGCCCGACGGCCGCCCAUGUCCGUGCGGCGCGCGGGGCUGCCUCGAGGCCUACGCCGCGGCGCCGGCCAUCGUGAGGGCGUACGGCGACGAUUCAGUUACGUGCCGGGACGUCGUCGCGCGGGCAGCGAGCGACGACCGCGCGGCGCGCGCCGUCGACGGCGCCGCGCGCUACCUCGCCGUGGGCUGCCUCGACCUCUGCCGGACGCUCGACGUCGGGGCCGUCGUGCUCACGGGCGGCGUCGCGCGCGCGGGGCCGCCGUUCCUGGACCGCGUCCGGCGGCACGCGCGCGAGAUGGACUGGACGUGCCUGCCGGGCCGGGCCGACCGCGUCGUGCUGGGGAGCGUCGAGCACGCCGGGUGCGUCGGCGCGGCGCGCGCGGCCCUCAACGCGGCGCCGCGCCGGCGACGCGUGCCGCUCGGGUAUUUUGUGCUGGCGCUGGCCGUCGGCGUCGUCGCGGCGGCGCGCGUAAGAACUGUUGUGUGA